AUGUACGCAAGCAAAAGCUUGCCUAGUGCACAAAGGGGAAAGGAAGCUUUGGCACUUGUUUGGGCAGUGGGGCGAUUUCAUAAUUAUCUUUUCGGGCGCGAGUUUGAACUGAUUUCCGACCAUAAACCAUUAGAGACCAUCUUUGGGCCAAGGUCAAUACCAUGUGCUCGUAUCGAAAGAUGGUUUCUAAGAUUGCAAUCUUACAAAUACAAAAUAAUCUAUAAAUCGGGCAAAUCAAACAUAGCGGAUCCUUUGUCCUGGCUGUUAAACGCAUCGCCAGAAGCAGUAGCAUUUGAUGAGUAUGCGGAACAUUAUGUUAAUUGGAUCAUUGCAAACGCCGUGCCAAAAGCUUUAAAAAUAAAGGAAAUAGAAGAAGAGUCAACAAAGGAUACAGUUAUUCGCGCUGUAAAGGAAGCUAUUGGCUCAAACAAAUGGGACGAUGAAGGUAUUACAGGGUUUAAGGCGUUUGCGGUUGAGCUCUGUUUUUCAGGAAAUAUACUUUUGCGUGGCACAAAAAUUGUAAUACCGGAAAAAUUGCGCACGAGAAUUUUGGAAUUGGCACAUGAGGGACAUCCCGGCAUGUCAAAAAUGAAAAAACGGUUGCGGUCGAAACAAAAUGGCGAAGUGGAACGUCAAAAUGGGUCCAUUUUGAAAUCUCUUGUGAUUAGUCAGAAUACAAAAGGGGACUGGCGCAUCGAGCUGCAGAAAUACUUGCUGGCUUAUAGGUCAACACCACACAUGACCACCGGAGUAUCACCAGCAAAGAUGAUGUUCGGACACGAAAUAAGAGAUAAACUGCCAAGUAUACAGCAACCUAUUGAAGAUGACAACGAAAUAGAUUGUGGAAUAAUAAAUUUGGAUAGUUCAAAGGGUCCGGGAACGCAUUGGGUAGCUUUCUAG